AUGCCUUACAACAACACUCCGAUCCCUCCUCCCACCGAGACUACGGGCUCCGUGUCUCUGCCGCUGGCCAGAGUGAAGAAGAUCAUAAACGCCGACGAGGACAUUCAGGCCUGCUCUGCCAAUGCCGCCUUUGCCAUUGCCGUCGCGACCGAAGAGUUCGUCUACUACCUGACGGAGCAAGCCCACCGCAUGGCCAAGGCCGAGAAGAAGCCUAAGCGUUCUCUGGGCUACCAGCACGUCCAGGCCGCCAUCUCCCGCCUCGACAACCUCGAAUUCCUCACCGACGUCGUCCCCAAGCAAGUCACCUUCAAGGAAGCCAAGGCCGAGCGCGCG